AUCUAGAAGAGUUGGCCUUUCGCGAUGACUCGUCACACACUAGCCAUUACGCCGAGACAACAGACAUUGUACCACUAGAAUUAUUCAAGUAGGUUGCCUAGUACCGCUACCACUAGCUAUAAUACUACACGAUUUCUAGUGGUGUUCUAAUAACUGUGGCAUCGAUCGUCCAUAGAAUUCGAGCCUCCGGAUGAGAAACUAAGCGUCUUGAACCAUAUUCUUAAGUUUGACCAUGAAAUCAACCCUACCACCAUCAAGAAAUUCUUGUCGACUCCUGACUACAUUAGAGUAUUUAUUCUGAUGAAAGUGACACGAGUUAUGUUUUGCCGAGAAGCGGUAGCAGUUUUGAGUAACGAGUGACCAUGCUGCAAGUUUCGUGUUCAUCUGAGAGAUGAAAGUUUCAUUUUGCCUUCAAAACGAGUAAAUCUGGAUUGGCUUUCACCUUUUGCUUUUGGUGAAGGUUUAGGCCCUGCGGCGCUCAAAGCACUAAGUAAGACAACCGGUUAGCUUUCACCUCGACAGUAUUACGCUUAUCCCGUGCAACAAUUAUAUGCAAAUCAAGGCACCCUUCCUACCAAUUUCCCCGAAAGAAAGAUUUUUUUGAGCAGUCUCCAAAUGAACCUGAAUCCAAAAGGACAGGACCUGGUGGUGUUAGCCCUCGACUCCUUCACAGGCUUUGAAAAGGUAGAGUAGUAGCAACUUCUAUUACUGCAGCUAGGUUUCCAAAAGAUACGCAGCUAUGCGCUUCCAAAACAUCAGCAUUUGAUUUAUCUUUAAGACAGUUGAUAGAGUGAUCUCAUUUCGCCCAGACAUACUCUUUAAGACAGCUUAAGCAAACGCAGUUAAGUCUGAAUCUAAAUCAGCAACUCUUUUCAUCAUCUUCCAGAAGGCACAUCAAUUAAUCAAUCAAUUCCAGAAGAAGAAAAGAUGUCUGACCAACCUGAGACGGGUUCAGUGCGCAAGGGCAAAUGCCUUUGUGGUGCGGUCACAGUCACCUGUGAAGGGGACCCAGCUAUCAAGGCCAUCUGUCAUUGCCGUGACUGCCGCGCAUGGACAGGGUCUCUGCAGAUGGUACUGAGUACUUGACUGUAUUUAGGUAACAAGAACAUACAGGAAAUUGUUUUGAUAUAGGAAGCGGCUACGAGUACGAUUUCUCUUCCAUGUGGUACUAAAAUCAAUGCCAAUAGAGAGUUUAGGAAUUCAGGAUGUCCUCGUUGUGAUUCCUUGUCUAGGUAGUUGUGCCUUCAACUUCCUUCAUCCCAUGUUCUUUGAAUUAGUGUUGAAUCCUGCGCUUUUUUUUUAGUUUGUCGUUGCAGACUCGCCCGAAGAAAGCGCGCCCGCCAAAGCCAAUAUUUCCAAUUUGAAGUAGAAAGGAGCGACGCCCGUUUGCCGAUAGAAAAGCCGCGCCCGCCAAAGCCAAUAUUUGCAGGAUGGGAUCAAGGGAGGAUUUGCAAAGCGGAGGCCGAUAUCCACGAACAACAGCUGCUGUAGUUUUGCUAUUGUCUGCGUUCGAGGGUACGUAUUCUGGUAGGCCUCGAACCCGAAUUGCGAGUCAAAGCCAAAGCCUGCAGAUACGAGCGAGCCUGCGCGCCAAAGCUAAAGCCUGCCGCAAAGCCCAUGCGUUGUAAGUAUAAGAUCUUGCUUUAAUAUUUGAUUAAGUAGUUCUUAGUCUUUUUGUAGUACCCGACGUAAUUUGGUGUUAGAAGCCUGCUUCAUAGCAGCAUGCUGUACUCGGAUCAUACUUACUGCAUGACUCCAACAUGUUGCUUUUGGCGAGCGUAUCGUCGUUUUAACACCCAGAAUCACCCAAAAGUUGGAAAGUCUGAAACUUUUUUGGUCUCAAAACCUAAGAUUUUAGAUUGUUAUCGAAACUAUCAUGAGCUAGCAUCUCCAAAUGCAUGCCAUAGCUCAUAUUAUCGAACUAUGAUAGAUGCAGAAUGUUCGAAAUUGGAAAGUCUAGAGACAUUUCAUUCUAAGAAUCUAGAAUCUCUCACUGAUGAGAUUGUUGUUGAUGUUUUUGGGCUCGUCAGGAAAUGAAUUUGAAAAAAAGUACAUAAAACUGAAAAUUUAGUGAUUUUCUCUUAGAUUAAUUCGAAAUUUUGAAUUUCAAAUAUGAAAUCGUGUCUUAGUAGAAGUAGUGGUCGUAGAUGAGCUCAACAUCGAAAGAGUGACUUCAAAGAUUUAAAUCUGCACUCAAUAGCUGCUGCCUUAUCCAUGCUGUCAAGAUCCAAUACCCACAUAUCUCCACCUAAUCUCGACUCGAUAUACCCACCCCACUCUUCAGGCCACGAUGUGGCUGCAGGAAAAGGUUUCGAUUGAAGGCGAGGACGAUUUGAUCGAGUACAAAUCCGAUAUCACCACACCGGGAUUGGCGCCGGAUGGUGGGCUUUCCAAUCGCUACAGCUGUCGCAAAUGCGGAUCAUGUUAUGGAUAAGCUUAGUGCUAAUGGGUAGCUGGACGAUCGCAAGUGAUUCCGAAACGGCUCCACCAGGCAGAUUAUAUUCUAGGACGGGGUAGAUAUUGUUCGGAGCACAUAAAGAAGGAGGUCUAUAAUGUUUGAAACUCGCUACGCGUUUAGCUACUCCUUCCGCCUCCUCUUCUAACAUCCCAUCAGCAUCUCUUCUAACAUCCCAUCAUCAACAAACAUCCGAUGCUUGGAAAAGUGGACGUGCCAGCUGGGCUGGUCUACACCUCCCCUGAGGAUCCGUUCAAACCGGAGAUGCAUAUUUGGUAUACGUUCCUAUAAGCAUAUUUUUUGAUACUUGUUCGUUUAGGAUCUACGUAGUUGUACUCGUAGUUGUACUAGUUGUACUUCCUGUUGCUAGUUGUACUUUGUGGUCGUCGUGGAGAUGACUCAAAAAUCCGCUAUAGUUACCUGCACCUACUAGUACAACAACACUUACACUUCAUGUAUAAUAAACGCUUACCUCUCGUUUCAUCUACCCAUUUCCAGGUAUUCGCAACGUGUUUUGAACAUUGUGGAUGGCUUGCCCAAAUUCAAGGAUUUGCCUGCCGGAUUUAAGGGCACUGACGAACAGGUUCCGGAAGAGUAA